UCCCAACAGUUUCCCUCCCUCCUCGUUUUCUUUCGUCCAGAAACGGCUCAGCGGGACCCCUGUCUGUGGGCUCAACCGCGCCUAACCCCUGCUCCAGAGUUUUACAACAAAAGGCAACAACUUGGAAAGUGUUUUUCAGCGGAGUUACAAGGGAAUUUAACACUGGACUGGAAGAGAACAAAGGGGAGGGACAGUCUGAGCUGAUGGACUCGGAGAUGAGAUAGCGCUCAUAACCUACCCCAUCUCCCCAUCCUUCCCUGUCGGACGGACGGCUCUUUUUUCUUUCCGGAUGAUGUAACUGUUUUAUGACAGACUGAGCCCGGAUUACGAAGUGCUCAUAUUUUCCCUUUUAUUAUCAGCGCACGGUGAUAUCGGACGGGAAGCCGCAUCCUUUUAGGUUUUUGGAGUCCAGGUUUCAGUGAGGGGGCUCAGCUCAGCGGGACGUUGCGCAGUCUUCAACUGGCUGUUCCCCGGGGUCGAUGAGGGGUGGCGCAGUCAUGUGGCAGAGGAUUCAGAUUUGCUGCACACUGUUUGCACUGUAUUCAGCGGCACCGCCUGCACACAUCAACCGCCUGGCGCUGUUCCCUGACAAGAGCGCCUGGUGCGAAGCCAAGAAUAUCACACAGAUAGUCGGGCACACGGGAUGUCAGCCUCGCUCUAUUCAAAACAGAGCCUGUCUGGGCCAGUGUUUCAGUUACAGCGUCCCCAACACGUUCCCACAGUCAACCGAGUCUCUGGUGCACUGUGACUCCUGCAUGCCUGCCCAGACACAGUGGGAAGUGGUGACUCUGGAGUGUCCGGGCAAUGAAGAGUCCCCUCAUGUGGAUAAGCUGGUGGAGAGGAUCUUUCACUGCAGCUGCCAGUCCUGCAGUAAGGAAGGUGCCCAGGAGGGGGCGGUGAUGCAGCUGUACCCAGCAGACAACGUGGUGGACGCUCCGUCUUUAUCUGACACCCUGAGCAGCGUUCAGUCUCACCCUCUGCCUCCUUCUGACACACACCCUAAUAAGCAUGCUCACCCACACACAGACCAUCACACACUACCACACACAUCAAAUGGAGGGUAGGGUCAUCUUCCAACAACUUUUGUCACUUUCCUCUUCCGCGUUUCCUACUGUCCUCCACCCUGCAUCCUUUGUACCUAUCUGUAGUAUUGUAAAUGCACUUUGAAAAUAUGGCUUCACUUUGUGUUCAAAAGUUUCUCUGCAGGCACACACACACAAACUCACAGAGCCAUGCUGUCAGAUUACACUCAAUUGUAUAUAAACUCGUACAAACGCACCAGCCUGUGCACUCUUUUUGUUUGCUGAUUAUACACACACAUGUGAGCAUCCAGACAUGACUAUAGUCUGUUAAUAAGCUGUAGUCUCAGUACUUUUAAUCUGAUUUAAUGCAAUAAAUUUUAUUGUUGUGGUCACUGCC